CAAUACCCAUUUAUUUCUGACCCCCCCGCAAAAUUUAUUUAAUUUGCUCCCGGACACAAUAAUAACAAUCAAAACACAGUACUCUCUCUUUGUCUCUCUGUUAUCAGAUCCUUCCUUUUUCUUCUAUUUUCAACUUUUUCUCCAACUCUCACCUGUGGGUUCACUUUCCUGUUCCAUUUAGACCUCUCCUCUCAAAGAUUUUCGCUGGUUUUGAUUUUUCCAGAGUGUUUCAGUUCAUGGGUUACUCUUAGUUUCAAUUUAUUGAAAAUUCGGAAUCAUUUUAAAUAUGAGAUUUCAUGGCUUUUCUAUUCUCUUUCUCCUUUGGGUGUUUCUUCUCAUUUUGCCUUCUUACUCCAUUGCUAAUGAUGAAGUUUUAGCAUUGAGAGCUUUCAAACGAGCUAUUUCUGAAGACCCUCUUUCAAAAUUAUCAGAUUGGAAUACUCUCACUGGAGAUCCUUGCAGUUGGUCUGGCGUCACUUGCUCUCAGAAUCAAGUUCUUUCUUUAAAGCUUUCAAAUUCGUCUUUGAAGGGAUUUCUAGCGCCGGAAAUUGGCAUGCUCAGUUCAUUGCAAGAACUAAUUUUGGAUGAUAAUUUGCUUCUUGGAGCUAUACCAAAACAAGUUGGUAAGCUGAAGAGACUUAAGGUGCUUGAUCUGAGCAAGAAUCAGCUCGUUGGGCCUAUUCCUUCUGAGAUUGGAGGAUUAACGAGCAUUGCAAAAUUAAAUCUUCAAUCCAAUGGGUUGACUGGGUCCUUACCUCCUGAAUUUGGUAAUUUGGUCAACCUUGUUGAGCUACAUUUAAAUAGAAAUAAACUCAGUGGAUUAGUCCCUGCAAGCAAAAGCACAAAAUAUCCAUUUGAAAAUAGGAGUGCUGGCUUGUGUCAGCUAACCCAGUUAAAAGUUGCAGAUUUCUCAUAUAAUUUUUUUACCGGAAAUAUUCAUCCAUGCUUAAAGAACCUACCAAGAUCAAGCUUUCAAGGGAACUGCUUUAAGGACAGGGGCUUUGUUUCCCAGCGCUCUACUUCACAAUGUUUCUCUUUCAAUGACCCGCAAGUAGCCAAUGAUACCACAGAUUCCCAUAUUGACGGUAAGCAGGGAAAGAAAAAAGAACGGAAAUGGCUACUAGUUCUGGAAGUGGUCACAGGUGCCGUGGUUGCUAUAUUCUUGAUAACUUGUGCUGUUAUUACUUUUAAAAGAUGUAAACCAAAGUCCUCAGUCAUAAGGCCAUGGAGGAGAACCACAAAUUGGAAGGAUCAGAUCACAGUAUCAAUUGACGAAGAGUUGCUAAAGGAUGUGUUGAAAUUGAGUCGACAAGAGCUUGAAAUAGCCUGUGAAGAUUUUAGCAACAUAAUCGGGUCUUCUCCCGACAGUAAAAUGUAUAAAGGAAUAAUGAAAGAUGGCCCUGAAGUUGCUGUCAUAUCCCUUUGCAUCUCAGAAAGCCACUGGACGAGCUACCUAGAACAUUACUUUAAGACUAAGGUGGCAGAUUCAGCGAGGUUAAAUCAUGAGAACACGGCAAAUUUGCUUGGGUAUUGCAAAGAGAAUGAUCCAUUUUCAAGGAUGCUUAUCUUUGAAUAUGCAUCAAAUGGAACAUUGUACGAGCACCUCCAUUAUGGUGAGGGAUAUCAGCUAUCCUGGAUCAGACGGAUGAAAAUUGCUAUAGGCGUUGCUCGAGGACUAAGAUAUUUACAUACUGAGUUGCAACCUCCAUUCACGAUGUCUGAAUUGAAUUCUAGUGCAGUAUAUCUUACUGAAGAUUUUUCUCCUAAGUUGGUUGAUUUUGAAAGUUGGAAAACUAUUCAAUCAAAAGUUAAGCAAGAUUCAGGCUUGGUCAUCAAUGGGGGUUCCUUUCAUGGAAUUGUCGAUUCUAUAGAGAGACGUCAUAUGGAUGUUCAAGGGAACAUCUUCGCCUUUGGGAUGCUCUUGCUGGAAUUAAUUAGUGGAAGAUCUCCUUAUUCAAAAGACAGAGGCAACUUGGUGGAUUGGGCAAUGGAGAGGCUACACCAUCCAGAGAAGAUGAGCACAUUAGUAGACCCAGAGCUAAAAAACGUCAAGGCCGAAGAUCUCUCUGUAAUAUGCGAUGUGGUGAGCUUGUGCAUCGAUCCAGAACCUUCUAAGAGACCGUCGAUGCAAAUAAUAUGUGCAAUGUUGGAGGAUGGAAUCGAUACCUCGAUUACUGCUGUUUUGAACCACCAGUCUUCAUUAGCUUGGGCAGAGUUGGCCUUGGCAUCAUAGCUUUAUUUUUUCCCCCCUACUGUAAAAAUCCAAUUUAUUACACACAGUAAUACCUUGCUUCUUUCUUUCUUUUUUCCUCUUAGCACUUCCCCCACUGAUAGAGAAAAGGCCAGAGAAAUAAUUAUCCGAUGGUCUUGAAGUUC